CCUCCCCACCCAAAAUACUCACACUCACAUCUGGCUAGCUGUGACUGUUUCUCUUUUUCUUCCUUUCCUGUUCAAGCGAGGAGAAGAAUUGGACAGAAGGGCUACCAUUGACCUCCAAUAAUAAAAUCAGCAGACUGCAGAAAAGCCAGAAUUCUGAAUAUCUGUUGUUUGGGAGCUUGUUUGGCUUUUGGAGUUGGGAGAUUUCCAGAACACACUGUCAGUGGAUCGGUUGGUAGAGCCAAAGAAGACCAAAGCAUGCAGGCUGCUGAUGUGCAUACGCGUUUGCUUGCGUCUAGCACCAGGUUUAUUGCUGAUGUGCUGGCCUCUUUCCUGCCUAACAACCGGGAAAUGGAAGAUCCAAACAGAAGGGAGAGUGCAUCUUCAGAGGGCAGCUCCUCUCCAGAGGAAACCAGGGGCCGGCAAAUCUAUUUGUCACACUCUGGUAUGAGAUCGGAAGAGAAGCGACUCAGGACCUUCCGGCACUGGUCAGAGCAGGUCCCUGUCUCUCCAUCCGACUUGUCUGCAGCUGGGUUUUUCUUCAUUGGGCCUGGUGACCACGUGGAGUGUUUCUGCUGUGGAGGAGUGCUUUACGACUGGACUGCUGAAGACGACCCCAUGGUGGAGCAUGAGAAGUUCUUCCCAAGCUGUCCCUUCAUCCAGGGCAGGGAUUUCGGCAACCAGCCCCUGCCCCGGGCUGGAGAAAUCCCGGACUGUGUGGAUGGCCAGUUCCUUGGCAUGCUGCAAAGUUUGAACAUGGAAGAAGCUGUCGGAGACAGCCAACCGGAAUAUCCAGAUCUGGAAAUGGAAAGGGAUCGCCUGAGGACAUAUCACUGCUGGCCACCCUAUGCUCACGUGUCUCCAGAGGAGCUGGUGGGAGCAGGCUUUUUCUACACAGGCGAUGGAGAUUGGGUACGAUGUUUCUACUGCGAUGGUGCUUUGAGGAAUUGGGAACGUGGUGAUGAUCCUUGGGUGGAACAUGCCAGAUGGUUUCCAAGGUGUAAAUUCUUGCUAGAGUCCAGAGGGAGAGAUUUCAUAAACAGUAUUCAAGACACAUACUUCAGUUCUCUGGAAGGCAACUUGGAUCCACCUAGACCAGAGCCCAUAAGCCCUCAAGAACCUAUUCAAAGAGAACUAAAUCCUUGUAGGAGAGAAGUAGAAACAGAGUGUCCAAACCAACCAGUAGAUUCCACCUUGAGCACAGAGGAGAAGCUGCGCCAGCUUCAAGAGGAACGCAUGUGCAAGGUGUGCAUGGACAAAGAUGUGUCCAUUGUGCUGGUGCCCUGUGGGCAUUUAGUGGUCUGCUCUGAAUGCGCUCCUAAUCUGAGACGCUGCCCCAUUUGCAGAGGUGCCAUCCGGGACAGCAUGAAGGCAUUCCUUUCCUGAUCUAGAAGUUUUCCUUCCUUUUGAGACUUCUGAUCAUGGAGAUCUUCCCUGAGAAAAUAUAAAACUGAAGAAACUUCUGAACGGAUGGGAACGAUCUGAAAUUAUCCAGCAAAGUAGCUGUAUCCAUGUCCUGGUAAAUUCUUAGAGCAUCCAUUCCAGCAAUGUAAGAAGAUCAAGGGCAAAGAAGUUCUUUCUAGUCUGUGGAAUGGACGCUUUUCGGGGAGACUUUUCAUCUUCAAGAUAAACGUCAAAAACCUCCUGCACUUUUCCUUCCCCGUGUGAGGUCUUGGAGCAGAUAUUUUUAUCUAAAGAUUAUUUAGUAGCUUUGUGUUUGUAUACUUUCUUAAAAACUUUGUUUGACUUGGCACACCUUUCCAGUCAAUCGAUCUUUGUUUUUGGAAUAUAAAUAUUUAUUUUACC